CGGGAGUCUCAGCCCCGACCGCACGCCCGGAAUGCAGUAGGACGGAUGCUAAGUCAGACUUCAGGAAGAACUUCCUUGCUGCCCGAGUUGGGCGUCCCGUCCGCCCAUAGCUAGCUUAGAUGAGAUCACCCCGGGAGUGGAGCAAGCGGGGGACAGGCAGCCCUUGUCCCCUCGUCCUGCGUAGAGGGAAGCGCCGCUCGAGCUACUAUGGCUACUCUCUUGGGAAGGCCAGGAGGUCAGUCCUCCCAGCGACUCCGCCGAGGAAGAAGCGCCGGCAAGCCCCUCACCCAGUCCGACCCUCUUCUGGGCCUGCCUGCCGCUGGCUUCUCCCUUCUCCCUGUAUGCGAGGCAGCGUGGAAGGAAUUCUGGGGGAACCUGAAUGUCUGGGUUCUCUACUCCCGACCGGCCUGAUCCUGGACAACAGAUCCUCUCCAGUCCCUUCGGUUUCCCUGAAUAUUUUUAACUGACAUAACGAUUGUACGUAUAUAUGGGGUACACUGUGAUAUUCCAAUACAUGUAUAGAACGCGCAGUGAUAAUCAGCAUAGCAGGGUAACUGGCAUAUCCAUCACCUCAAACACUGCUGGAACAUUCACAAUCCUGACUACUUUGAAAUAUACAAUUCAUCGUUGUCAUAGUAACAUGGCUGCCCUACUAUGCUAUGGAACACUAGAAGUUAUUCCUGCUAUCCUGGACCCAGUAACGACCCUGCCUCCAUGACUUCCCCGUGUUUAAAAUGGAAUGACAGCACAGACCUGCCCACCUUGCCGAGGUGCCCGAGUGAUGCGGAAAGGAAAGGGAAGCAAUUUUCGUUACAAAGGGGCUGCGGAAGUGGUUGCACCACAGGAGUGCGCGGCCUUCGGAGAUGGCGGUGGCCCUCGCCUCCUUCACAUGCCCCCACACCCACGCGGGGAAUGGUGGGGAGAAAGCACUAUCCCCAGCGUUGCCCAGAGCAGACCCUGAAGUAGGACCUGGGACCUGGUAAAAGGACAGUCCACAGGCUGGGUCCAGAGCUCCGGGCGUCACCGUCCCAGCGGGGGUCCAGCCCGACUCUGCAGCUAAACUCAGGGCCGGCAGAGGAGCCGUACCCCUGCCCAUUCUGCCUAGGAUCCUAGAUCGCGGGAGAAGAAAGGGACUGUAGAUGUAACAGGCGAUGCUUCCUGGCAUCCCUUACGUCUGUGUCCCUCGGGGUGAACCCCGCGCCACGCUGUCCCGGCGUGGCAGGGCUGGCAGCCUUUGUACUUCACAGUGAACCAGGAACGGGAGGUUGGAACAAGUCGGCUGGAUGAAGGGAGAGAAACCCUAGCUUCGCCCCAUCCAUUCGUGCUUUCAGCGUUUUUUACUUACUGAGUACCUACUACGUGCCACACGUAAGGGUCCGGCAUGUCACAGGCACUCAACAAGUACCACCGAGUCCCUCCCGGUGGUUCAGUCGCUAAACGCGACCCCAGGGUAGGAAAGGCCGGCCACCUGGGAGCCCUGGCUCCGCCCCUUCUGCGACUGGCCUUGCCAACUCCUCCCAUCACCAUUUCACUCCGAGGCGUCUACUUGCUCAAGACGGAGACAGAAACAGGGUUCUGGCGCCCGCCGCGCUCUCCAGCUUCGGGCCUUAAGCCUUGCGGCGGAGAAGGCGAGGUCUAACGUUAAGCUAGUGUCUGUUCCGCCUUAGUUUCGGGGACCAUCCGGAAAGCUUUGACAGGAGCCUCGGUGAGACGGCACUCGAUUGAAUCGGCCUGUCUCUACAGCCCAAGGAGGCGGGUUCGCCGCGGCGGCUCCAGGCCGGAGCGAGGCCGUACUGCGCACGCGCAGUAGACAGCCCACGGAGCCACCAAUGGAGCGUUCCGGAGGGGAGCGAGAGCCCGGAGCCGUCAGGCUCCUGGACCUGCCCUGGGAAGAUGUGUUGCUUCCCCACGUCCUGGACCGGGUCCCGCUGUGCCAGCUGCUCCGGCUGCAGCGCGUUAGCCGAGCCUUCCGGGCGCUAGUGCAGCUGCACCUGGCGGGGUUGCGCCGCUUCGACGCGGCUCAGGUGGGUCCGCAGAUCCCGCGGGCCGCACUGGCCCGGCUGCUGCGGGACGCCGAGGGGCUGCAGGAGCUGGCGCUGGCGCCGUGUCACGAAUGGCUGUCGGACGAGGACCUGGUGCCGGUGCUGGCGCGGAAUCCGCAGCUGCGGAGUGUGGCGCUGGCCAGCUGCGGACAGCUGAGUCGCCGCGCGCUGGGGGCGCUGGCCGAGGGCUGCCCUCGCCUGCAGCGACUGUCGCUCGCGCACUGUGACUGGGUGGACGGGCUAGCGCUGCGUGGCCUCGCCGACCGCUGCCCGGCCCUGGAGGAGUUGGACCUCACCGCCUGCCGUCAGCUCAAGGACGAAGCCAUAGUGUACCUGGCGCAGAGGCGCGGCGCCGGCCUGCGCAGCCUCUCUCUGGCGGUAAACGCCAACGUAGGGGACGCCGCGGUCCAGGAGUUGGCUCGGAACUGCCCACAACUCGAGCACCUCGACCUCACUGGCUGCCUCCGCGUGGGAAGCGACAGCGUCAGGACCCUGGCAGAGUACUGCCCGGCGCUGCGCUCGCUGCGGGUGCGGCACUGCCACCACGUGGCCGAGUCCAGCCUGAGCCGCUUGCGGAAGCGCGGUGUGGACAUCGACGUGGAGCCGCCGCUGCACCAGGCCCUGGUGCUGCUGCAGGACAUGGCGGGCUUCGCACCCUUUGUCAACCUGCAGGUCUGACCCGCCUGCCACUGGAGCACAGCUGGACUGUGUGGCUGGGACCUGGCCCUGAGCUUAGGGAAACUGAACUUUGGGGCUCUCUGGCAAAGAGGCCAGGGCCCUGCCCUACCCUGGAGGUUCAAAUAAAGAGCUUUUUAUCCCCUCU